CAGUACAAACCCACACAGACUUAAUACACAGAGAGUGAGAGAUAGAGAGAAGAGAGGGGACGGAGGCGCGCAUGCGCAGAGGGGGGCUGUCUCGAGGCGCCGCCGUUGCUUGCCGGCCACUUCCGCUGUCAGCGGCGCGCGAGACAGAGAGAGGCUGCGGCCGCUGAAAGGGAAGGAGAAGCGCCGGUGUCCCUCCUCCCUCCUCCGCCAGGGACGGCCGCCUUCGCCCUCUCCUCCUGCCGCGUCCUCGUCCUCCUGGUGGGCCGCCGUCCUCCUGGUGGGCCCCGGGCCAUGGGUCUGCUGUCGCAGGGCUCCCCGCUGAGCUGGGAGAAGACGCAGCGCCACGCGGAGCACGUGCGCAGGCACGGCAUCCUCCAGUUCCUCUACAUCUACCGCGCCGUCGGAGAGCGACACAAGGACGUCCUCAAGUGGGGCGACGAGGUGGAAUAUAUGUUGGUAAACUUUGACCAUCAAAAAAAGAGAGCACGGCUGUCCUUAACUGGAGAAGAAGUUCUUCAUACUCUGCAAGAAAAGGGUGAAAGGGUAAACCCCAAUCAUCCAACACUCUGGAGACCAGAAUAUGGAAGCUACAUGAUUGAAGGAACACCUGGGCAGCCCUAUGGAGGAACAAUGUCUGAGUUUAAUACUGUCCAAGACAACAUGAGGAAACGACGUCAAGAAGCUGCUUCUGUACUGAAACAAAAUGAAGCUGUUUGCACUGUCACAUCAUUUCCAAGAUUAGGUUGUCCAGGAUUUACGAUACCAGAGUAUGACCCAACACCUGUUGAAACAGGAGCCUCCAAGUCUCUGUUCUUCCCAGAUGAAGCUAUCAACAAACAUCCCAGAUUUAGUACUUUAACAAGAAACAUACGGCACAGAAGAGGAGAGAAAGUGGUGAUAAACGUACCAAUCUUUAAGGACAAGAAUACUCCAUCACCAUUUGUAGAAACAUUCCCUUAUGAUGAUGGUGAAGCAGCAAGAGCAGCCAAGCCUGACCAUGUAUAUAUGGAUGCCAUGGGGUUUGGAAUGGGCAAUUGUUGCCUUCAGGUAACAUUCCAGGCUUGCAGCAUUUCUGAAGCAAGAUGUCUUUAUGAUCAGUUAGCCACAAUCUGUCCCAUUGUGAUGGCAUUAAGUGCUGCAGCUCCAUUCUAUCGAGGCUAUGUGACAGACAUUGAUUGCCGUUGGGGAGUAAUAUCUGCAUCAGUUGAUGACAGAACGAGAGAAGAGAGAGGAUUAGAGCCAUUGAAGAACAACCGUUACAGAAUCAAUAAAUCCAGAUACGAUUCCAUAGACAGUUAUCUCUCUGAAUGCGGUGAAAAGUACAAUGACAUAGAUUUGACAGUAGAUAAAGAAAUCUAUGACCGCCUAGUGAAAGAAGGUAUUGAUCAUCUUCUGGCGCAACAUAUUGCUCAUCUAUUUAUUCGUGAUCCACUGACUCUGUUUGAAGAGAAAAUACAUCUGGAUGAUGCAAAUGAAUCUGACCACUUUGAGAAUAUUCAGUCAACAAACUGGCAAACAAUGAGAUUUAAACCUCCUCCUCCAAAUUCAGAUAUUGGAUGGAGAGUUGAGUUUAGACCAAUGGAGGUCCAAUUAACAGACUUUGAGAAUUCGGCAUACGUUGUUUUUGUGGUGCUGCUAACCCGUGUUAUUCUCUCAUACAAACUGGAUUUUCUCAUUCCUUUGUCAAAGGUGGAUGAGAACAUGAAAGUGGCUCAGAAACGGGAUGCUGUCCGGCAGGGCCUGUUUUAUUUCAGAAAAGAUAUUUGUAAAGGUGGCAAUGCUGUAGUGGAUGGAUGUGGCCCAGCUCAAAAUGGUACAGAAACAGAUGGAGAAGAAUAUACCUUAAUGAGCAUAGAUACAAUAAUCAAUGGCAAGGAGGGAGUAUUUCCUGGAUUAAUCCCAAUUUUAAAUUCUUAUCUUGAAAAUAUGGAAGUGGAUGUGGAUACAAGGUGCAGCAUUUUAAACUAUCUGAAACUAAUAAAAAAGAGAGCAUCAGGAGAAUUAAUGACAGCUGCUCGAUGGAUGCGAGAGUUUGUUGCAAACCAUCCUGAAUACAAACAUGAUAGUGUGAUCACUGAAGAGAUGAAUUACAGCCUGCUAUGGAAAUGCAACCAAAUUGCACAAGAACAAGUUGAAUGCCCUGAGCUGCUUGGAGUAGGAUUUAACAAAUUAAAAUAUAGUGGAAGCAAACCGGGCACUUUUUGAUGAAAGGCUAUUAUUGGGUAUGUGAAAUAUAAAACAUUCUCUAAUGAAGUACCACCUAUAUGACAGGUGAAUACCUGCAGUUUCAUAGUGUGAAAGCCAGAAAUGGUUCUGCUGCACUGUAAAAUGGGCCAAUCUGCCUAAACCUCUUAAAACUUCCUACAAUAGGCAUAUUCUUAUAUUUAAGGUUUAUAUUGUGUACAUGUAAAUAGUAAAAUAUUUUUGAUUUGACAUCAAUGUAUUUUAAUAACAUAAUAUUGAAAGUCAUUGUGAACCAGCUUAAAACUUUUUAUAUGCUUAUUCUGGGAAAAUUCAUUUAUCAGAUGGCUUUGUAUAUGUACUAUAUUGGUACUUGUAUAAUAUGAGCAUUCCAGACGUUGAAUGUUUACUCUGACUUUUGUUACUUGGAGUGCACUUGAAUAAUCUACUGUAUUUUAAGAAUAGAUUCAGAGCCUGAUGCACAUAUUUCCCUUCAUUCUACUUUGAGAAGCUGGUGCAGCCUCAGUCCUGCUAACAUGAAUAGGAGGAUUCUCUGAUGUCAUUGGAGCCAGAUUUGCAGUCAGUUAGCUCAGUUUACAGGCUUGGAUGUAAUGGUGGUCAAUGGACUGUAGUAAAUCCAAACUAAUUUGGGGUAUAAAUCUGUACAUUCUUGUACUGUUUGUUUUUGCCUUUGCCACCAGUCUUUGUCACCUUUAGACACUGGCAUCAUGGAAUUUGUGUUCUUAAUUCUAAAUAGCUAAAGCCCCUAUGAAAGGUUUCACACGAAGCAACAUAGCCAUGUUAGAUUAAUGCUGUAGAAAUGCAUUCAUUCUUAAUUGGUACCUAUAUUCUCUUUUGUCAGCGUUUGAAGAAGUUUUUACUCCUGAGUCAUCUUGUCCUUUUUUUCUUUUUUGUUCAAAGUUAUGAGUCCAGUGAAUGGCGUUUUUUCUCCCCUCUGACUUCCAAGAGCAGUUUAUAUGUUCUUGUGGUAUUAGUUCCUUUUGCCACAGUCAUCCUUCUGACCUUCACUAUAUUAUUAAUCUGUGAUACAGGUGUUCCACCCAAUUUGUGCUGAUGCCCAGAUCAAAUACCAUUGAGAAAUAGAUGUUAAAAAUUCAGGAGCCUUAAUUUGGUGAAAAGUCUGGAUGUUUGUGGCACAAAAAGAAGAGACCAAACAAAUCACAAAAAAGUAAUGCACAGCUAGCAGAAAAUAGUUUUCCUUUAAGUGGCAUCUUUUUUGAUAUAACUAAAUGUCCCCUUUGUUUCCUGUAAGCUGUAUCUCCUCUAGUAUAUAACAUUGUUUCAAGAUAAAUCAUGAUAUGCACUAAUACUCUGAAUCAGGCACCUGAAGUAUAAAGAAGUUGUACAGAAGUUGCACAGCCAGUUGAUGUGAUUGUACAUAUGCCUAAGAUUUAGAGAAAAUGGAAGGCUUUUCGUUACUAGCUGCCUAAAAUAAAGAGUACAGUAAGUCAAUUUUAUCAUAUGAUAGAGUAUAAAGUACUUAAUAACAAGCAAAUAUAAACAUAAUAAAGUGUAAUGCCUUACUAGUAGCCAAUGGGAAAAUUGCAGUAAAACUGCCUGGAGAAAGAGAUUAGAACUUGUGCAGUGUUUGUAGGUGUGCUUUAGGAAAUGCUCAUUUCUGGUUGCAAAUCAGGUGGCACGGGCUUACUGAUAUGUGGAAUGAACAAAUUGCAAUAUAUUGUGAAUGUCUGAGUGUAAAGGUAAUUCAGAUAUAUUUUCUUCAGAAGCUGAAAACUAAAUAAAGUUUUAAAAUAUUUGAAACAAA